AUGAAGUUCUUCACUGCCACUGCUCUCCUCGCCGGCCUCGCUGCUGCCCUUCCGGCCGCCGUCCCUGAGCUCGAGCUUCAGCCCGCUGGAGCCAGCCACCUUGAAGCUCGCCAGGCCAUCACCCGGAACGAUCUCCAGAACGGCCGCACGUGCCCCGGCGUCAUCUUCAUCUACGCCCGCGGUUCCACCGAGAGCGGCAACCUGGGAACGCUGGGACCCUCCAUCGCCACGGCCCUCGAACGCGAGUACGGCAGCACCGGCGUCUGGAUCCAGGGCGUCGGCGGCGCCUACGCCGCCACCCUCGGCGACAACGCGCUGCCCGAUGGCACGAGCAGCGCCGCCAUCCGCGAGAUGAAGGGCCUCUUCGAGCUCGCCAACAGCAAGUGCCCCAGCGCCAAAAUCAUCGCCGGCGGCUACAGCCAAGGCGCCGCCCUUGCCGCCGCCUCGAUCCGCGACAUCUCCUCGACGAUCCGCGCAAAGGUCGCCGGCACCGUCCUCUUCGGCUACACCAAGAACCUGCAGAACAGGGGCCGCAUCAUCAACUACCCGGCCGAGCGCACCCGCGUCUUCUGCAACGUCGGCGACCUCGUCUGCACGGGCUCCCUCAUCGUCACGGCCGCGCACCUGACCUACGGCAGCGACGCCAGGGGCCCGGCGCCCGCCUUCCUCAUUGCCCGCGUCAACGCUGCUUGA